CCACAAUCGUUCAGUCCCGCAAGAUCGGGUUUUGGCUGUAGUUUUCCAACAAGAACGGAUGAGGGACUCCCCCCCUCCCUGGCUGCUAAUGAAUCCUCCUCUCUCGUGAUCAAAACAUGUUACAUAUAGAUGGGUUUCUGUAUAAUCUGGGAAGGCCCUUUAAAGCAUGUUCAAUUGGCCUUUCUCUGAAUGAACGUGAUGUCGCCUCGCUCCGUAACUGAUUGGUUGUUCUUCCCAAUCUUGCCGAAGUUAGAGUAGGUUAUUGCGUUUUCUGUUUUGUCAUAUUCUUGGGGAAGGCUGUUUUCAUCUGGAGAGAAGACUUUCUGGGUUGAUUCGUUUGUCUCCUUUUGAAGAAUGGUUUUAUUGAUUCUUGGUCUGUUUGUUUGCUAAUUGUUUGUAUCAUUGAUGCUGAGAAAAGUCUCAGUUUUUCUUGAAUUAUCCUGUAUUUUGAUCACAUUUGCCCAACAAUGUGUGUAAAAAUUGGAUCUUGAUGGUUCUUUGCUUUCUGUGUUGUCCCAUUUGGGCUGCCCAAGGUAUAUAUAUGUAUAUAUAAAUAUAUGCGGAAGCUACUCUUUUAGGUGUUGAAAUACUGAACUACAGAGGAAACUACUGGCAUGGCUUACUUAAGUUAUUCUAAUUCAAUUGGUGAGGGCUCAGUGCAUGGACAACAUGUCCAACAUGUCCCAUUCCCGACCACGACCGGGUUGAGUAGGUCGUAUUUGCUGCAUGGGAAUUUGGAUAUUUGGGUGAAAUCAGCCAAGAAUCUUCCCAACUUGGAUAUGAUAAACAAGAGCUUAGGUGAUGUGUUUGGGAAAUUGUCUGGGAAGUUAAUGAAUAAAUUGGAAACAAGUGAUCCUUACGUUACUAUAUCAGUAGGGGGUGCGGUAAUUGCAAGGACUUUUGUGAUUGAAGAUAAUGAGAAUCCUGUUUGGGACCAGCAUUUUUAUGUUCCUGUAGCACAUUAUGGUACAGAAGUGCUGUUUGUGGUUAAAGACAGCGACGUCGUGGGAUCUGAGCUGAUCGGGGGUGUUGCGGUCCCUAUGGAGCCGGUAGCGUCAGGAGCAAGACUGGAUGCUACUUAUCCUAUCCUCGGCCCAAAUGGCAGACCAUGUAAUCCAGGGGCUCUUUUGAGUUUAUCGAUCCAAUACAUACCAAUUGAGAGCAUAUCAGUUUAUCGUGGUGGAGUGGGAUCGGAUCCCACACAUCCGGGUGUACCUGGUACCUAUUUUCCUGUAAGGAGAGGAGGAAGAGUGACAUUGUAUCAAGAUGCUCAUGUGUACCACGGUAUGCUUCCCAGUUUGUGGUUGGCUAAUGGCAUGAUGUACCAGCACAGGCAAUGUUGGCGUGAUAUAUUUGAUUCAAUAGUUCAGGCUCGUCGCCUAAUCUAUAUCACUGGAUGGUCUGUUUAUCACUUAGUGCAACUUGUUAGGGAUGAUCCUAAUUUGCCAAAUACUAACUUGGGUGAGCUUUUGAAAGUCAAGUCUCAGGAAGGUGUGAGGGUGCUGCUCCUCGUAUGGGAUGAUCCUACCUCCACAACCAUAUUGGGUUAUAGAACUGAAGGUGUAAUGGGUACCGGUGAUGAUGAUACACGCCGUUAUUUUAAGCAUUCAUCUGUGCAUGUGCUUCUAUGUCCAAGGAGUGCGGGGAAAGGAAGUUGGGCCAAGAAGCAGGAAACAGGAACAAUCUACACUCAUCAUCAAAAAAGUGUAGUGGUAGAUGUUGAGGCCCAUAACCAUAAAAGAAAGUUAAUAGCAUAUGUUGGAGGACUUGACCUAUGCAAGGGAAGAUACGACACCCCAAAUCACACAUUAUUUAGUACACUGGAAACCAUUCAUAAAGACGACUUCCAUCAACCUAACUUCACGGGGAAUAUGGUGGGUUGUCCAAGAGAGCCAUGGCACGAUUUACACAGUAAAGUUGAAGGUCCAGCUGCAUAUGACAUCCUAAGAAACUUCGAAGAGCGCUGGCGGAAGGCCUCAAAGCGCCACGGGAUUCACAAGAUGAAACAUUCAUUUGAUGAUUCCUUACUGCAGCUUGAUAGAAUUCCUGACAUUGUGGGAAUAGAUGAGUCUUGCACCAUAGAGGAAGAUGAUCCAGAGUCUUGGAACGUCCAGGUUUUUCGUUCCAUUGACUCCAACUCGGUUAAAGGUUUCCCCAAGGAUUCAAGAGAGGCUUCAAGCAAGAACUUGGUAUGCGGGAAGAAUGUACUGAUCGACAUGAGUAUACACACGGCUUAUGUAAAGGCAAUUCGUGCAGCUCAACAUUAUAUUUACAUCGAGAACCAAUACUUCCUUGGAUCAUCAUACAAUUGGGCUCACUAUAAGGACUUAGGUGCAAACAAUUUAAUUCCUAUGGAAAUUGCUAUGAAGGUUGCCAAUAAAAUUAGAGCAAGGGAGAGGUUUGCUGCAUACAUUGUUGUUCCGAUGUGGCCAGAGGGAGUUCCAACCAGCACACCUACUCAAAGAAUUCUUUUUUGGCAGUAUAAUACAAUGCAAAUGAUGUACGACACCGUCUACAAGGCUUUAAAAGAGACAGAACAAGAUACAGAGUUGGAACCCCAGGAUUAUUUAAAUUUCUUUUGCCUAGGGAAUCGUGAGCCGGAAGUAGGAGGGCCACCAUCAAUCACCCCCAACAAAUAUACUCCAGAAGCCUUAACUAGGAGAAACCGACGAUUCAUGAUAUAUGUCCAUUCAAAGGGAAUGAUAGUGGAUGAUGAAUACGUGAUAUUGGGUUCUGCCAACAUCAAUCAACGCUCUCUCGAAGGAACCAGAGAUACAGAAAUUGCCAUCGGUGCAUAUCAGCCUCAAUAUACAUGGGCAAGCAGAUCCGCUAAUCCACGUGGAGAGAUAUACGGAUACAGAAUGUCAUUAUGGGCAGAGCACACGGGAACGUUGGAGCAGUGCUUUGAGCAACCGGAAAGCCUGGAAUGCGUGAGACGCAUGAGAUGGAUGGGUGAGCUGAAUUGGAAAGCGUUUGAGUCUGAUGAAAUGGUUCCACUGAGAGGCCAUUUAAUGAAGUAUCCUGUACAAGUAGAUAGAGUUGGAAAAGUUAGGUCUCUUCCUAGCUGUGAAACAUUUCCGGAUAUGGGCGGAAGGAUCAUCGGAACAUUUACUGGCCUUCAAGAGAAUCUUACAAUCUGAUAAGGAACUAGGUUUGAUCGAAUAAACCAAUCAGACAAAAAGCAAGUGUAAUACACUUGUCUUUUGAAUGUUUGACCAAACUCGAUAUGGGAGCAUCUUGUCCAGAGUGACAAGAAUUUGCUCUUUAUUUGUGGUCAUAUAGCACAAUAGUUGCAAAGAUCAUUUUUUUUCUCUUGAACUUCUUUUCUUCUUUCUGUCACAUUUUAGAAUGAAAUAACCAUUGGAAUGAGGAGAAUGGGUGGGAAAGCCACAUUCCCCAAAGAUACAAUGGCCAUUACAGGGACUGGUAGAAUGACCCCAUUUUAGCAACCUAUGUAAGUUUCCUACUAGCUUUGUAAAUUAAUGUAGUAUAGAUGUGUUGGCAAUCAGUUGUCUGUGUAAGCCAUAUAGAUGAAUUUACUAUGACUUAGUAACAGUGGAAUCCUUUCUUGGUGCCUUAAAUAAUACGUUAUGCGUUUGUUUUAUGAA